AAAAAAGAAGAAAUGGAGUUCCAUAUCUCAUUUUCAACUACAACCAUCAUUUCUGUUAUUGUAGUGGCUUUUGUUCUGCAAAUCUUGAAGAGAAAGAAGGCAAUUAGARGGAAGAAGAGUGAACCACCGAAGGCAAAGGGCGCAUGGCCUAUAAUUGGACACCUACACCUUCUAGGUGGAUCUCAAUCACCUCAGAAGGUUUUAGGUGACAUGGCCGAUAUAUAUGGUCCCAUCUUCUCCAUCAACCUUGGUGUCCAUCAAGCUUUGGUGGUGAGUAACAAGGAGAUUGCUAAAGAGUGCUAUACCACAAACGACAAGGUCUUUGCAAGUCGACCGAAAKCGGUGGCAUCUGAGCUGAUGGGCUACAACUAUGCCAUGUUUGGCCUUGCUCCUUAUGGGGAACAUUGGCGACAAGUGCGCAAGAUCAUCAUGCUCGAGGUUCUAUCUCAACGACGAGUAGAGAUGCUUGGACAUGUUCGAGUUUCAGAACUUARAGCAUCAUCGAGAGAKAUCUAUGAGGCUUGGGUAAACCACAAAGAAAAUGGGGGUUCAGAUAUGGUAAAGGUGGAUAUGCAACAAUGGUUUGGGAACUUGGUACUGAACGUUGUAGUUAGGAUUAUUUCAGGAAAGAGGUUUUCGCCCAACGAUAAAGAAGGGGUUCGAUUUCAAAAGGUGGCAAGAAAAUUCUUUGAGYUAUUGGGCGCAUUUGUGGUGUCUGAUUUCAUCCCCUAUAUUAAGCGUUUGGACUUGGGAGGAUAUGAGAAAGAAAUGAAGACGAUAGCAAAAGAGAUGGACAACGUCAUUGACGGAUGGUUAGAGGAACACAAGAGAGAGAAAGGGUCAGAGCAGCAACUUGAAGGAAACCAAGUCUUCAUGGAUGUGUUGAUUUCCAUUCUUGAAGGUGCCUCCGAAGAGGAUUUCCCCGGUUUUGACCAUAAUAYCAUMAUCAAAGCCUCAUGUCUGGCAAUUCUAACUGCRGGUUUGGACACGACAUCGGGGACAUUAACAUGGGCUUUAUCUUUGUUGMUGAACAACCCAAAAGCAUUAAAAGUUGCCCAAGAUGAAAUUGAUGAGCAUGUUGGAAGGGAGAGACUGGUGCAGGAGUCGGACAUGAAAAACUUAGUCUACCUCGAAGCCAUCAUCAAAGAAACACUGCGUUUAUACCCAGCUGCACCUCUCGCCGUUCCUCAUGAGUCCAUGGAGGAUUGCAGUGUUAGUGGCUACGAUAUUCCCAAAGGCACACGAUUGUUGGUAAAUCUUUGGAAAAUGCAUCGAGAUCCUGAUAUCUGGUCAGAUCCCAAUGAAUUUCAGCCUGAAAGAUUCCUGACAAGUCAAAAGGAUAUUGAUGUCAAGGGAAAACAYUUCGAAUUGCUUCCGUUUGGUAGUGGUAGRAGAAUGUGCCCUGGUGUUUUCUUUGCCCUCCAAGCCAUGCGUUUAACAUUAGCUACCUUGUUACAACAGUUUAUGCUUAGAAACCCAUCAAAUGAGCCGGUUGAUAUGAGUGAGAGCUGGGGAUUGACUACCAGCAAAGCAACGCCACUUGAGGUCCUUCUUUCCCCUCGUUUAUCCCAUGGUAUGUAUCCUGUCGGUGCAUGAUCCCAGCAUCAAAUCAUAUACAUUCUCACCCACUUCCACCCGCAAAACCACAGCUUACCAUGAUAUGGCCUGUGAAAGAUAACCCUAUUUUGACUGACUGCAAUGGUGAAAUAAGAUCUUCAUUAUGGUGUAAGAAUGCAUCAACUCCAAUUAUUGUAUAUGUAAUAAAUUCUUCUGUUUUUGUUGUGUUGUUCCUGUAUAAUAUUGUUAUCUAGACUGUCGGACUACACAAGCCAUGCCGACUUUUUUGGUUUUGGGGAUGCAUGGUUGAGAUGUCUACAUCRWUGUCGUGUUUAUUAUCCCAA